AUGAUUAAGCGUAAUACGAGUAUUAUUCCAUACAUCGAUGGAAUUGCUGUUCAUUGGUACGCGACCGAGGAUAUGACAUUUCCUGAUUUUUAUGAAAUAUUCAUUACAAGAUUAGAGUAUCCACAAUUUUUCUACUUUCCUUCAGAAGCUUGUGAAGGUUAUAUGAAAAUCGAUAAAGGACCUCGGUUAGGAAUGUGGAAACGUGGAAUACAUUAUGCUUUAUCAAUUAUUGGUGAUUUACUUGUAGGAGCGUCCGGUUGGACAGAUUGGAAUAUUGUCUUGGAUUUAGAAGGAGGUCCAAAUCAUGUUCAGAAUUUCGUAGACUCACCUAUCAUUGCGAAUACAACAAGUGGAACUGUUUUCUAUAAAAAUCCCAUGUAUUAUGCAAUGGGACAUUUUUCGAAAUUUAUUUCUCGUGAUUCCAUACGUAUUGGCAUGGAGGUAUUAAAAGAAGAAAAACUGUUCGCUUUAGUUGUCCCAUUGAAAAUCGUUAGUUUCUUAACUCUAAAGAAUCAAUUGGUAAUUGUUGUUUUAAAUCAUGAUCCGACACAUGUGCAAAGUGUGCAAAUACUAGAUCCCAAUCAAGGUUACCUGUCUUUGACACUAUUACCAGAAUCAAUUCAGACAAUUGUAUACAAUUUAGCGUCCAGUCCCGAUUUAUUUCCUUAG